GCUAUUGUCGACUAAACACGAAAGAACUGUUUUGCACACAUGACAGCUGACUUGAGCUAGCGCAAGCUAGCAGUUUCGACGUGGUCGCACAGCUGUUUGACCAAUGCGAAAAUUAUGCUACGUGGUGCUUGAAGAGUAGCGCGAGUCGACUGAACCAAAUAAACACCGAAACCUUCAGACUCGGAAGCAUGGGUGAAGAGGGGUUGUUGGAGCUGGACUGCACCGUGCAGAAGUAUCACUGGGGCAAGAGGGGACCAUCCAGCUUAGUGGCGCAACUGGCAUUGGAGGGGCGCCACCUGGCAUCCAUCGAGGAAUCCACUACAUAUGCUGAGCUGUGGAUGGGAACACACCCCUCAUGUCCAAGCAAGAUUCGAGGCACGGAUAAGACGCUGGCUUCAUACAUCACAGAGCAUCCCGAAUGCCUUGGCGGCAGUGUUCGGGCUAUCUUUGGUGCACAGUUGCCGUUCCUCUUCAAAGUACUCUCAGUAGGUGCACCCCUGUCUAUACAAGCACAUCCAACCAAGGUGCUGGCCAAGAAGCUGCAUGAGGCGCAUCCCAACCUGUACCCAGACACAAACCACAAGCCUGAGAUUGCCAUUGCCCUGACGGAGUUCGAGGCCUUCUGCAACUUCCGCCCUCUGCAAGAAAUUGCGCACCUCCUGAAAGCACUGCCGGAGCUGCGUGAGGUGCUUGGGUCACUGGCGGAGCAGCCGUUAGCAUCCAAGGCCGAGCUGCACGCCUGGUUCAAAGCUGUCAUCACUGCACCGGCGGAAGUCUUCCUUCCUCAACUGCAGAAACUGGCCAACAGGUUCAGGAAAAACGAGGAGACAGCGGGAGUCCCUCACGAGCUUUCCUCUGUGUUCCUGCGGGUACACGCCAGUUACCCAGACGACAUUGGCUGCUUCGUCAUCUUCUUCCUCAACUAUGUGAAGCUGCGGCCUGGAGAGGCCCUCUUUUUAGCUGCGAAUGAGCCGCAUGCCUAUAUCUUUGGUGAUUGCGUGGAGUGCAUGGCAUGCUCAGACAACGUAGUGCGAGCAGGGCUGACACCCAAGCACAAGGAUGUGGAGACCCUGUGUUCUAUGCUGAGCUACAACUCGGUGCCCCUGAGUCAAGUGCGCUUUCCUGCUGUAUCGACGAAUCUUGAAACCUGCUGCUUCUCGCCUCCAAUCACUGAUUUUGCUGUCAACAUGAUCAAGAUUUUGCCCAACACCACCUUCCUUCUAAAGGGCAUCGGCUCUGCAAGCAUCCUAUUGGUGAUUAAUGGCGAGGGCAAGAUAGGAAGUGUCAAGCUGCAAAAGGGCAGCAUCCUCUUCCUGGCAGCAGAAAAGGCCCGCACCAUUGUCUCUACCAGUGGCAUGUGCAUGUACCAGGCAUUCUGCCCUGUCUGAACUAUAGGGGUGCAUCGUGCUAUAAUGGGCUGCCUCGCGUUGCUUUCUUUGGCCUUGAAAGCAGUCUCGAAAACUGCUGGCAGUCUUCUUUUAAGAAAAUUACUUAGAAGGACCUUAAAGCAAUGGUCUGAAAUACAUAGUCAACAAUGUGUGAACAUGUGUGUCUUCCUGCCUAAGGCCAGAGCCAUAAUGUGUCAGCUACACCACUGCUGUGAUGUUGCGGCCAGCUUGCCAGAUUUUCCAUCUUAAUGACUGUCCCACUCUGCCAAUGUGCUGCAUUGUAUGUGGGCUUAAAUUUGUGGCAUACAGGGGAUCUUUGUUAAUACCGUAUUUUUGCGCGUGUAACUCGCAACAAAAACGCCCCCACAAAAAAAGUUUGACAGUAAGGUCGGGGUGCGGGUUAUAUGCGAAUUUCGCCAUUGUGGCUUCACGGUAUUGCAACGCGCGCUGCCGUCAAGCCACAUCUUAAGGCCAGGUUCUCCGCCAUUUAGUUUCAUUAUCUCCUAGGGAACCCCACCCUCUCCCCAUCCCUGCGUGUUGAAGUUCCCUCUCCCCUUCAUUGUCGCCCAUUCUACUUUUUUUUACGAGAUCGUGCCAUUUUGCGUUUAGUAGUUAGCGAUUAGUGCACGUGGCGCCGGCUAACUAGAACUCGGAUCAUGAUGAGCUGCGUUCUACGGCCGUCCUAGCACAGCAGAAGCUGAUGAUAAGGCUUUCACACGAUGGAUCAAAUCGCGAUUUGGGCUUGCGGAUUGCAAAUCACAAGAUCAUACCAACGUCACCCAUGCCCACGGUGCUCCCUCUGUCCGCGCAAAGCACUUCGUGAUACGGCUCGGUUGCGUUUGCUCCGUUGCCCCUGUGUGGGCUGCCCCGUCUGCACUGUAAUACUUCGUCGCGCAAAUGCUAGCUGCGAAGUGAUCCGAUUCACGUCACAUGUCACGUAACUAAUUCGUCCGUGAUCACGUCCGUUGUGUGAAUCCUGACUCAAUCCAGCUUUAUCAGCAUCGCCGAAGAUGGGGGGGCGGGGGGGGGGGAAAGAGCCGCUGGCCGAAGAUACGACAUGGACGAGUCGUGUAUCUGCGAACGGAGACUUUUUGCAAGGAUUUUAUUUUUGUGUGCAGUUAUUUCUGCAUGUUAUACGCGCGGAUUUUUCUUUUUCUUUCAGAACUGUUGUAAUUGGGGGUGCGGGUUAUACAUGAAAAAAUACGGUAAGUUCUUCGUUCAGACCAAUUCCAAGUUUUAUGCUUACAAUGAAAAACGCUGAAAAACUCAAUUCCAAAGCUUGCCAUUUAUUUUCAUAUCAAAAAUGUUCUGCCACAUUCAGUAACUAUACAAUAACUACUACAACAGCCAAUCAGUCCUAUCUUCACUUACCUGUUUCACAGCAUGUGUGGCGUAGUGACAUUGGAAGUGUACUGCACACUUUUCAUAGGCAAUAACCCAAACGCACCAACGUUCCCAAUUGCAGGGAACGUUUCUGUCUGACAGAAUUGUAUUCUGGCAUCGCCCACCAGCUUGAUUUUGUUUCAGUUUCCUGUUGCGGUCUUAAAACACUAUGCAAUAGAAAAACAGCAACCUGCGUCUCAGGUUGCUCAGGUCCCACCAGUUCGAGGCGUGUCGGCAUCUCUUGCCGCGACAAUUCUCAUCGUGUGGGUGCAUCAACACUUCCUGCCAAAAUUUCUCGCCUGAAGAAGCUGCUCAACUAGGUCAAAUUCGAGAGGUGCCAAUGUAAGCUUACCGAAGCCACAAAAAUGACAAUGUACGUCUCUCGCUGCUUGGACCCUCCCUCUACAAGCUCUGCACACGUCGGUGUCUCGUGCUGCAAUGAAUUGGGAUUAUGUAUAUGUCUAAGUCUUGGCAUUAUGUAGAUGUCAACAAUAGUCGAGUCUACCAAAUUGUUUAGUGCCGGAUCGUACGUCUUCCCAGUUGGUACGUUUCUUCUUGUGUUAGUAUUUCCAAAAUCGUGUGAAUGAGGUGCUACUGUACUUAUUCUCCUGCUGAACUUUGCAUCAAAAGAACAUAGCCAGAAAUGUCCUUCAAGAGCAGAGCAACUAAUACUGAAUGCAAUACUAUAAGUGGAGUGCUGGCCACUGUUUACACUGACUGCAUCUGCAUCUGUUUCAUAGGGGCUGCACUUUGUACCACGAAGGGCCCCUGGAAACCAUUGCAGUCACCAACAUUCCACAACAUAAGACAAAAGUUUGUGUGUGAUAAAAUGGAAAAUGAUUUGUGUUAUGUAAAGAGACAGGAACAGGGCGGUAUGGAGUGGAGAGAAAGCACUGUGCCGAUAGUGUAUAGUUGAGAUUAAGAGAAAAAGUGGAGUUAGGCAGGUCACGUAAUGCACAAAGCAGAUAAUCGGUGGUCUAUUAGAGUAACAGAAUCGGGGGGGGGGGGGGGGGGGGCACGAGGGAAGGGAGGAAGUGAAAUGCAGUUGAGGACAGCACAGAAACCAAGGAUGUUGCAGGCAUGAAUAGAGUCAGCUUUCAUAAGACAGGGGUAAUCGGAGAGGCAGAGCUGUUUAACAUCCUUUAAUGGCAAAGUUGCUGGUGGGAAGUGAGAAUUUGUGCAACUCCUAAGUGUAAACAAUGUGUCAUUACGUAGUCCAAAGACCAAAGGGGCAAUGGGGACACCAAAGCUGGAGUCCAGACUGGUCCAUGGGUUCCGGGCUCGCCGAGGCCUCUGCGUGCCGGGGGUGCGUAUGUGAAUGCCCUCCAGCACACCUUGGCCUCGGCAGCCCCGACCUGUGGACUUUGCUUAUACCACAUAAGGCUGUGACAAGCUAUUGUUCUUUUUUUCGGUGAAAUAGUACCGUUACACAGCUACCUGUACAUCUUGUGAAUGUCUUUGUUGGUUAACCAACGGCAUAGGUUUCUUUUGCUUCUUUUUAAUACUGCACGUGUGAAAUUUGAAGUUCUUACAUUCAACAAUAUCAAUACUAGAGCGUAAUAAUGUAGUGAUAAUUAACGUACACAUAGAGCACAUUUUAUGGCGACAAUUUAGGAAGAACUAUAGAAUGGAGUGUUGUCCUGCUGAUUACCUUUUGUAAUAUUUAGGAAUGUUAAUACCUACUAUGUACUCAACUAUUUUUCUUGUACUUCAUCAUUUUCCAUUUGACUUUAAUAAUACACGCCCUCCGCCAGAGAGCCACUCCCAAGGCCUCCAUGCAGCAUUCUAGUGGGGAAGUUUUGUUUAGAUAUGCAAUGUUUGUAUUGCACCAUUACUUAGUACCCUUGCUCAGGUUGUAACAAAGAGCAUAGUCAUGCUAAUGUUCUUCAAGUGCCCAAAGAUAAAUGUUUUUGAAGUUACGACUUGUGUGACUAUAGUGAUAGUAAAAGCGUGCAAGUUUAGUUUAAUUUAAUUGUGCAAACAAUUUCUGUGACAUGGACUGUAAAAUACAAGUUUCAUCUGACUUAACACAGUGGAACGAAGCUGUUUCGAAUUGUUGCAAUAAAAUUGUAAAGCGCUUAUACAGUCGUGCAUGUCCUACUGUUCAAUUGUGCUUGCUCCUGUGCUUUUUUAUGAUUUGGAGAGUGCAAUAAAAUGAGUUUUUUAAGGCAAA